GCCGCGCUCCCCGCUGGGCACGUCCUGCCGCCCGCGCCGCCCGCGCCGCCCGCGCCGCUUGCCACCGCCCGCCGCCGCCCCGCGAGCCGCUUUGUCUCGGGCGGGGCGCACGGAGAGGCCGCCAGGUGCCCCCCGCCGCGGGCCCGGGCCCCCCGCCCCGGGGCGGCGACGGCGGUGCCGGGCCCCGGGGCGGAGGGCGCGCCGGGAUGGGCCCCAAGCGGCGGCAGCUGACGUUCCGGGAGAAGUCGCGGAUCAUCCAGGAGGUGGAGGAGAACCCGGACCAGGGCGAAAUCGCUCGGUGCUUCAACAUGCCGCCGCCCACGCUGAGCACCAUCCUGAAGAACAAGCGCGCCAUCCUGGCGUCGGAGGGCAAGUAUGGAGUGGCCUCCACCUGCUGCAAGACCAACAAGCUGUCCCCGUACGACAAGCUGGAGGGGCUCCUCAUUGCUUGGUUCCAGCAGAUCCGCGCCGCGGGCCUGCCGGUCAAGGACAUCAUCCUGAAAGAGAAGGCGCUACGGAUAGCGGAGGAGCUGGGCAUGGACGACUUCACGGCUUCCAACGGCUGGCGGGAUCGCUUCCGCCGCCGGCGCCACUGUGUAGUGGCCUGCAGCGGUGUGACCCGCUCCCGGGCGCAAAGCUCCGAGGGCAGCGGUGGGAGUACACCAGGCUGGCGCACGCGGGAGGAGCAGCCGCCGUCGGUGGCUGAGGGCUACGCCUCGCAGGACGUGUUCAGCGCCACCGAGACCAGCCUGUGGUACGACUUUCUGUCCGACCAGGCCUCGGGGCUGUGGGGAGGUGAUGGAAAGGCUCGCCAGGCCACCCAGCGCCUUAGUGUUUUGCUGUGCGCCAACGCUGAUGGCAGCGAAAAGCUUCCCCCGCUGGUCGCAGGCAAGUCCGCCAAGCCCCAUGCAGGCCAAGGUGGUCUGCCCUGUGACUACACUGCCAACUCUAAGAAUGGAGUCGCUACCCAGGCCCUAGCUAAGUACUUGAAAGCGCUGGACACCCGAAUGGCUGCAGAAUCUCGUCGGGUCCUUUUGCUGGCUGGCCGUCUGGCUGCCCAGUCCUUGGACACCUCGGGCCUGCGGCACGUGCAGCUGGCCUUCUUCCCUCCCGGCACUGUGCAUCCAUUGGAGCGAGGAGUGGUCCAACAGGUGAAGGGCCACUACCACCAGGCUAUGUUGCUCAAGGCCAUGGCAGCACUCGAGGGCCAGGAUCCCUCAGGCCUGCAGCUGGGCCUGGUGGAGGCCUUACACUUUGUGGCUGCAGCCUGGCAAAAGGUGGAGCCCUCGGACAUAGCAACUUGCUUUCGGGAGGCCGGUUUUGGAGGUGGCCUUAAUGCCACUAUCACCACUUCCUUCAAGAGUGAGGGAGAAGAGGAGGAGGAGGAAGAGGAGGAGGAGGAAGAAGAAGAGGAGGGUGAAGGGGAAGAGGAGGAGGAAGAAGAGGAAGAAGAAGGGGAGGAGGAAGAAGGCGGGGAAGGAGAGGAGGUGGGAGAGGAAGAGGAGGUGGAAGAGGAGGGUGAGGUUGAUGACAGUGAUGAAGAGGAGGAGGAGGAGGAAGAAGAAAGCUCCUCUGAGGGUUUAGAGACUGAAGACUGGGCCCAGGGAGUAGUGGAGGCCAGUGGUGGCUUUGGGGGUUACAGUGUCCAGGAAGAGGCCCAGUGCCCCACCCUCCAUUUUCUGGAAGGUGGGGAGGACUCGGACUCAGACAGUGAUGAGGAGGAGGAAGAUGAAGAGGAGGAUGAGGAAGACGAUGAAGACGAGGAUGAUGAUGAUGGCGAUGAGGUCCCUGUACCCAGCUUUGGGGAGGCCAUGGCCUACUUUGCCAUGGUCAAACGGUACCUGACCUCCUUUCCCAUCGAUGACCGCGUGCAGAGCCACAUCCUUCACUUGGAACAUGAUCUGGUCCACGUGACUAGGAAGAACCAUACCAGGCAGGCUGGAGUUUGGGGUCUUGGACAUCAAAGCUGAUCUGCGGGACAUAGCUGCGCUUCAGCCCAGAUGGACAGCACCUGCCCAAGGCAGAGAACUCUGGGCAGCUGCUGGAGAUGGCUGGAGGAGUUGCAGGGCCUUCAGUAAUGCUUCGCCCGGCCCCGAGACAGGCCCAGGAGCUGAGGUCUGCCUCACUGCUAUUGCCUCCUUCUCAGAU